UAUGCUGAAGGAAGGCUGGCUGUGGGGGCUGGGUUCAGGGUUGCUGCUGCUCUGGCUGAGUGCCUGGCUGAGGCCUGCGCAGGGUGGCCGGGUGCUGGUCAUGCCUGUUGAAGGCAGCCACUGGCUCAGCAUGAAGGUGUUGGCGACAGGACUGGCCCAGAGAGGCCAUAACAUCUUGCUCCUGGUGCCCGAGACCAACAUCUUGAUCCAGAGUUCUGAGCUCUUCCGCACCGAGACCUUCCCGGUGAAGAUCUCCAAGGAGGAGCUGUCCACCAGCUUGAAAGGGUUUCAGGAGGGGGUGUUCAAGCGUAGCCCUGCACUGAUGGACAUCGUCAUCCAAGUGGGGCGUCUGCUGAACUUCACAGGAACGCAGGUGGAAGGAUGUGAGUCGCUGCUUUACAACGAACCUUUGAUGCAGAAGCUGAAAGAGGAGAACUUUGACUUGGUGCUCACCGACCCUUUUCUGCCCUGUGGACCUAUUAUCGCUACUGCGCUCGGUCUCCCCGCAGUCUACUUCCUUCGUGGCAUUCCUUGUGGCCUUGACAUGUUGGCUUCACAGUGUCCUUCUCCUCCAUCUUAUGUACCUCGGUUUCAGUCUGGCAGCACUGACAAAAUGACCUUUGUAGAGCGCAUUCAAAAUUUCGUCAUGAGUGGUGUAGAGCUGGUGCUGUGUCGAAUAAUGUAUGCCAGUUUUGAUGAACUUGCUUCAAGAUACCUGGAUGCGGAUGUGACAUACCAGGAGAUCAUCGGCCGCGGAGCUAUUUGGUUGCUUAGAUAUGAUUUUACAUUUGAGUACCCCAGGCCUCUCAUGCCAAAUAUGGUCCUCAUCGGGGGCAUCAACUGUCGGAAGAGUGCUGCACUUUCUGCAGAGGUGGAGGAAUUUGUCAAGGGCUCCGGAGAGCAUGGUAUUGUGGUGUUCAGUCUGGGUUCUCUGGUCUCCUCCAUGCCAAAAGAGAAAGCUGCCAUCUUCUUCAAGGCUUUCAGUAUGAUUCCACAGAGGGUUCUCUGGCGGUAUACAGGUGAGAUUCCUGAUGAUGUCCCAGAAAAUGUCAAGCUGAUGAAGUGGCUUCCACAGAAUGACUUGCUCGGUCACCCCAAAGCAAAAGCCUUUAUCACUCAUGGGGGGACGCAUGGAAUCUAUGAGGGCAUUUGUCAUGGUGUGCCCAUGGUGAUGCUUCCCCUCUUUGGUGACCAGGGUGACAACGUGCACCGCAUGGCGACUCGAGGGGUGGGAGUGGUGCUCAGCAUCCAUGAUAUCACUGCAGAAACGCUGGUCGAUGCUCUCAACACAGUUAUUAAUGACAGCAGCUGUAAGCAAAGAAUGGAGAAGCUGUCGGCCAUACACAAUGACCUCAAACUCAAAUUGUAG